GCCCGGCACGUGAUUGAAUGAUGACGUCAAAAGCCGGUGACUCUAAAUUGAAGUGACCUUCUUUGCGACCGCCAGAAAUCGCUCACCGGCUGAGAGAAGCAUCUUAUAACCCCGCAUAUUUUAAUCAAAAGCCGACUAUGGGUGACAUCGCCAAAGGAAAGAAGGCUUUCGUCCAGAAGUGUGCUCAGUGCCACACAGUAGAGGAGGGGGGGAAGCACAAGGUAGGCCCUAACCUCUGGGGUCUGUUCGGACGCAAGACUGGGCAGGCAGAUGGCUACUCGUACACAGACGCCAACAAGAGUAAAGGUAUUGUGUGGGGUGAGGACACCUUGAUGGAGUACCUGGAGAACCCCAAGAAGUACAUUCCUGGAACCAAAAUGAUCUUCGCUGGCAUCAAAAAGAAGGGCGAGCGCCAGGACCUCAUUGCAUACCUUAAAUCGGCAACAUCAUGAACUAGUCAUUAACAUUAGAAUAUUUAAUGCCGUCUUAUUGUAUUUUAUUUUUUGGCUUUCACAUAAUUACGGUUUUAUGUUUAGUCAUUUGCAAUUAUGGUUAAUUUGUGUAGUGUAAGGUUACCAAAGUGGCACCUCUUGUGAGUUCACAGCUCGUGUCACUUCCUCUUUUAAAGGUCUGAGUGCAAGCAAUUGUUCAAAUGGCCAAACAUAAAACUACAGUCUGUUUUUGUUUUCUGUACUUUGACUCUAAUGAGGAGAAAACAACUAAUCCAUUUUCAAUUUUCUAGCUGUGAUAAGUCUCCUGACCUGUCACUCAUUCUGUUUUUCCAUGGCAACAUGUGUCUGGUACUUUCUGCUAGCAGAGCCAUCCGCCAUCAACCUCAUUUUUAAACCUAUUACUAAAAAAAAAAAAAGUAACCUAAAAUGAGCUACAUCA